CUAUAGUACACUUUCCUUACUUGUUUGUUUUUGUUUUCUCUUAGAACUAUCUGCAUCAAAUAAUCACGCUGUGAGUAGUAUCCCUGAUGUACUCCACUUGAAGGUUGGAUGUGCAGACAUCCCAGCCUACAAGAUAUCAGAGUUAAUAAAGUAACCCGCACGGGUAGCUCAGUUGGUUGAGUGGUGGGAAAUUUGGAACAAUGACCAAGGUUCGAAUCCCCACAGCGACCGGGUGGAGGUCACAGAACCUGAAAUAAGACUGGGCCUCUGCUGCGCACGGGUGUAUGGGCCUACUGCCACUCUACUGACUGAGUCACCAUGACUUACAUCCUCCCAAAAGUCUUGUCGGGUCGGGGCAUGGGGGCGCUUGGGGUUGGUGAUUUGGAGUAAAUACUUAAAUGCAUAGGUGUAAAAGUACCUCCCUAGGCCAGGAUUAGUCUUCAGUCACUGCCUAAUGUCUUGCAAGUUGCAACAAUCUUGAAAGGCCGUUAUUUCCUAUUUUAUGACUUCUCAAAUCAAUUUGUGUAUUUAAUGAUAUGUGAUUGCUCUUAUCUCUACUAUUUUCAAUGUUCAGGCUUCCUCUACCCGGUCAUUAUUCAGUGCUGUGAAAUUGCAUUCUCGAUGAAAACAUAGAGAGAAAGAAUGGAGAUAUUCCUCAGUCUGCAACAUCACUGCUAAAGCUAGUUCUGCAAGAAAUUGAGCUUCGAUUUUCAAAACAAUCAGAAAAUUUGAAAAAGCAAAAUAGCCUGGCCUCUACAAGUCUCUCGAAGUAAAGUAUCAAUUAAGAGAAAGGGUUUUGGAGACCCUUAGAACAGGAACUGCUGAAGAACACGAGAUUGAGAAGGUUGACUUUGAAGAGAAGGACAAACGUAGACAGCAAGAAAUCAGUGAUUUGAAGAAAGAUAAAGAUAAUUAUGAGAUGAAGAUUUCUUCACUAAACCAUGAUUUGGAGUUAACCAAAAAGAAACAUGAAGAGAAAUGCUUGCAGCUAGAAUCACAAACAGAAAAAACUAGAAUUGAGUUAGGGAAGAAGAUAAUGGAACUUGAGUGUCUUCUAAGUGAUUCAAGGAAGAAGGUGGAAGAGCUCGAAGCCUUUUCAGAAUCAAAGUUUCUGACAUGGCAAAAGAAAGAACAUGGCUAUAAAGUCUUCAUAGAAUCUCAGUUUAGAUCUUUACAGGCACUGAGAAUGGCAUCUGAGUCCUUGAAGCAGGAAGUUUUGCAGACCAAGAAGAUCUAUGCUGAAGAACUAAACCGCUUUGGUUAGAAUGUUGACUAACUUAAUGAUCAUUAGUAACUUGUUGAUGCUUAAUGACAUCUUUCGGAACUGAAUAAUGUCAUAAAACUAUUACAUCGCCUCGUCAUCAUAUUCGGUUCGCCGGUUCGGUAUCCCACCACCAUUAGACUUGACACCACUUGGAACCGACGAACGUAUUUCACUAUUUCCCCCCUGAAAAAAAAAGGAGCAUGCGAGCCACACAAAAAAAGAGCAAGCGAGCCACAAAAAAAAAUGAUAGAGGGGGACGAGCAUAGAACCCGAGACGUGGGAACCCUAGCGGGGUAAACCAGUUCUUCCCCUUACUCGUUGAUGGCGAACAUCUUUUGCAUAGCAGAAGACAAGUAAGAUCACGAGCGUGGGUUGAACGAAGAAUGGGAACCCUAGCGGGGUAAACCAGUUCUUCCCCUUACUCGUUGAUGGCGAACACCUUCUGCACAGCAGAAGACAAAUAAGAUCACGAGCGUGGGUUGAAAGAAGAAUGGGAACCCUAGCGGGGUAAACCAGUUUAGUAGAAGGCUAUAGACAAAUCCUAGCGGGGUAAAUGAAGGCUAUAGACAAAUCCUUAAAGUAAGUGGUUUGAUAAGUCCGUAUUUAGACACACAUUUGAUGUGUGUUCGGAUCGGCUUUUGAUGGUUUUUCUAGCUUUAAUGUGUUACAAGUCUCAAUUUUAGCUUAAGUUAUGUUUACCAGGCAUUGGUUCGAGUUUUGUGUCAUUUGGAGUCAAAAUAAGGAAUUUAGAGUUCAGCACCGGCGCUUGAGGAGCAAUCGGGAUUAUUCGAGAUGCAUUCGAGAGUGGAUUGAGAGAUUUGGAUGUCACCGGAAGGUUCACGAUGAAGAUUUGAUGACAAAAGAACUCUAGGAUUGGCUAUGGGAUCAAAAGAAGAUGAAUGAAGCUUGAAAACGACGAUCAGGAUGACCUUCUGUCAAUCACUCAAGCAUAUCCAUUUGUAGAAGAAUCCAAAGAACAUUAUUCAAGUUGCAUAUGAAAGCCAACUUUAAGAGCUACAAAGAAUAAGAAGACACCUUUAAGAGAAUCUGAGAGGAAGAAGGUGAAAACAGACGAUGAAGUCAGAUGAUCCCUGUUGCGAUUUCAGAAUGUGACCUUCCACCAUUUUGAUCAUAUCUAUUGAUUGGAUGAAUUAAAUCCCAUUUUGUGAAGAAAACGUUGUCAAAUUCGGAAGUUACGUAGGCACGAUUGUGCCCUCAAAGUUAGGCACGAUCGUGCGUGAAAAGAAAGAACCGCGGAGCUACUGCCAGCCAGGCACGAUCGUGCCUCCCUCCAGGCACGAUCGUGCCUGCCCAAAACACGCGUUUUUUCUCCGGAGGCACGAUUGAAGGUGUGACACCGCACCCGAACGUCCUUGAAAAUUCGAUUUAAAAAUUCAAAGUUUAUGUAUUGAAUUUUUGAUUCCCAAACAAUUGUAAAACGAUUAAUGUUUUUCGUAAUUAAUGAUCGAUUAUUGUACCGUUCGAACUCGUAUAUUAGUGUCGGACAUACAAAUACUAUUUGGGACUUAUUAAUAAAUAAAAGAGCCCAACAUUAUCUAAAUAGUGAUACAUAACAUUUCAAGACAAUUUGAGGAAGGCCGGGCGGCCCAAACAUUACUUUGGGCUCAACCUGCUAAAAAUAGCAAGUAUUCGAGAAUAGCGUCCUAGACCCACUCGGGAGUGACCACACGGC